GGUUUGGCACCAUACUUUGCUAGGUAACAGAUGGCACAGAGGAGAGCAAAACCAGCCCAGGCCUCUGGAGCUGAUAGUUGGACUAUGUGUGGGUAAGUGAAGGCUCAAGCACUAGGGGUGGGUGAGGUCUGCAAAAUGGGACGACCAGUUGCUGCUCCGCCUUAGACGCCUGGUUCAAAGUUGGCACAAUCCUGUAUUAUGUGGAGAGUGAUCAGAGGUCUAUGAAAAGGGGAGCUGCCCAUUAAUAGUGACAAUUGACUUUCAUUAAGGGUUUACUGUCCAAUUCUCCAAAAAUGAAGCCCAGGUCAAGUCCCACCCUGCAACAGCUGGGGUCUAAUAGAAGAAUGCAGAUCCUUGAGAGCUACCUAAAUCCAUGGAAUCACAAUGUCUAAGGGUGGGGCCCAGAAAUCGGCAGUUAAAUCAAGAUCCCCAAGCCAUUGUUAUGCACACUCAAAACUUAAGCGCUGUCGGUUUGCCUUUUAUUUCUUCACUUUAACCUGAAGCUGGUACUGUUUUCAUCUGUUUUUCAGGGAGGAAAGUGAGGCACAGGAAGGUUGAUUAGCUUGCCAAAGCCACAGAGAACUACGCUUUGACCCAAGACCUAUCUAGACGCGGCCCUUAGUCUUGAACACUGCAGUACUGUUAUCUCUUAUUGCUCAAGGAUUUGUUCCUAAAGUACUUCAACAAGCACUGGACUCCGAGUUUGAAAACAGCCUGGGGGCCCACUGACUUUUGUCUGGUGACCUUGGACGAUUCACUCACAUUUUGAUUUUUACGUCCCUUGCGGGUCGAAGAGUCCAACACACCCCUCCCUGCAAGGUUACUUGAGAGGCGGGGCGGGCGGGGCGGCCGGCGCGGGAGGGAGGCGAUCGAUGUCCUCGGCGCGCUGCGGCCUGUUGGAUUGGCUCGAGCCUCUCCCGUCACGCCUGCCCCACUCCCGCGCGCUCCCGGGCCCGCCCCCGACGCCAUCUUGGUCUAGGAGGGAGCGGGCCGCCCGCGUGAGUAAACCGCACGAGCGGGGAAAGUCGAGGUCUGGCUGCGCCCGGGGGCUGCGGGGCUGCGGCGGAGAGGACGCGGUCCUGACCUUCGUACGUGGCGGGUGGCCGACAUGACGGCCCCGGGUCGUGGCCCCCUGGCGCCGCUGCUGGAGACUUUGGAAGAUCCGUCCGCCUCCCGCGGGGAGCAGACGGACGCUUACCUGACUCUGACCAGUCGUAUGACUGGAGAAGAUGGAAAAGAAGUCAUUACAGAAAUUGAGAAAAAACUUCCUCGGCUAUACAAAGUCUUAAAAACUCAUAUUUCCAGCCAGAACUCGGAGCUCAGUAGUGCUGCUCUACAGGCCUUGGGGUUUUGCUUAUAUAAUCCCAAAAUUGCCUCAGGAUUAUCAGAGACAAAUAUUCAAGAACUCCUUUCAAAAUUGAAUGAUACUGUUAAGAGUUCAGACAAAAAUGUACGUACGAGGGCACUUUGGGUGAUAUCUAAGCAGACAUUUCCCAGUGAAGCUGUUGGCAAAGUAGUAUCCAGUAUAAUUGAUUCAUUAGAAAUAGUAUUUAAUAGAGGAGAGGUGCAUUCUGCUGUUGUUGAUUAUGAAGCAUUAAAUGUCAUCGUAAGACUGAUUGAACAAGCCCCAAUUCAAAUGGGAGAGGAGUCAAUUAGGUGGGCAAAAUUGGUCAUACCUUUAGUGGUUCAUUCUGCCCAAAAGGUACAUUUGCGGGGAGCGACUGCUUUAGAGAUGGGAAUGCCGUUGUUGCUGCAGAAACAACAAGAAAUAGCAUCUAUCACAGAACAGCUUAUGACUACUAAAUUACUUUCGGAGCUCCAAAAGCUGUUUAUGAGUAAAAAUGAGACUUAUGUGUUAAAAUUAUGGCCUCUGUUUGUCAAACUUCUUGGGAAGACCUUGCAUCGAAGUGGGAGUUUCAUUAAUUCUCUGUUACAGCUUGAAGAAUUAGGAUUUCGUAGUGGAGCACCUAUGAUUAAAAAAAUAGCUUUUAUUGCUUGGAAGAGUUUAAUAGAUAAUUUUGCUUUAAAUCCAGAAAUACUAUGUAGUGCAAAAAGACUGAAGUUGUUAAUGCAGCCUUUGAGUUCCAUCCAUGUGAGAACAGAAACUCUAGCACUAACAAAACUAGAAGUCUGGUGGUAUUUAUUGAUAAGACUUGGACCUCAACUUCCUGCUAAUUUUGAACAGGUUUGUGUGCCCCUGAUCCAAAGCACAAUAAGUAAUGAUGCUAAUGCGUCUCCUCAAGGCAGUUUAUCUCGUAUAGCUACUUCUCCUGGUUUAAAUCCUAUGACUCCUUUACACAAAGGCACUUCCCCAUACGGAACCCCUGUAACUCCCCGGAUGAACUUAAGUUCCAGUUUUGGUGGAAUGGCCACAAUCCCCUCUAUUCAACUCUUGGGACUUGAAAUGUUGCUUCAUUUUUUGUUGGGUCCAGAAGUCUUGAGUUUUGCUAAGCAAAACAAACUUGUAUUGAGCUUAGAGCCACUUGAACAUCCGUUAAUCAACAGCUCCUCUUUUUUCUCUAAACAUGCAAAUACACUGAUCACGGCUGUUCAUGAUAGUUUUGUUGCAGUUGGAAAAGAUGCUUCUGAUGCAGUUGUCAAUGCUAUUUGGAAGGAGCUAAUUAGCUUGGUGAAGUCAGUUAUUGAAUCAGGUAAUAAAAAAGAGAGACCAGGUUCUGAAGUUUUGACUCUCUUACUAAAAUCUUUGGGAAGUAUAGUGAAGUCAGAUUUAUUUCCUGUAUCGAAAACACUGGUCAUCAUGGAAAUUACAGUUAAAGGACUUCCUCAGAAAGUAUUAGGUUCACCAGCAUAUCAGGUUGCUAAUAUGGAUAUUCUUAAUGGGACUCCUGCUUUGUUCUUAAUUCAGUUAAUUUUCAACAGUCUUGUCCACUGUGGUGUAGAAGAUGAGAGGUUUUUUGUCAGUCUGGAAACACUUGUAGGCUGUGUUCUUUCUGGUCCAACUUCACCACUAGCUUUCAGUGAUUCUGUUCUUAAUGUUAUUAAUCAAAAUGCAAAGCAGCUGGAAAACAAGGAGCAUCUGUGGAGAAUGUGGAGUAUUAUAGUGACUCCAUUAACUGAAUUGAUUAAUCAGACCAAUGAAGUGAAUCAAGGUGAUGCCUUAGAACAUAAUUUUAGUGCCAUAUGUGGUGCAUUGACUUUACCAAUAAACCAUAUUUUUCCAGUACAGAAAUUUCCAGUGGCCACCAUGAGGGCCCUACAUAAAACUUGGUCCAAAUUGUAUAGAGCAUUUGCUCGCUGUGCUGCUCUUGUGGCAACUGCAGAAGAGAAUCUAUGCUGUGAGGAACUUGCUUCCAAGAUAAUAUCCAGUUUGGAAGAUGAAAACUUUUCCAAUUUGUUGUUCUUGGAUAGAAUCGUUCAUACUGUUAUUAUAAUGGUCGAUUGCAUUGACUUCUCACCGUAUAAUAUUAAAUAUCAGCCCAAAGUUAAAUCACCACAGAGACCUUCAGAUUGGUGCAAAAAGAAGAAGGAGCCACUAGGGAAAUUGGCUUCUUUAUUUAAACUCAUUAUGAGAGUGAUCAAUUCUUUCCACACACUGAGCUUCAAGGAAAUACAUUCUGAUACUCUCCUUCCGAUGGGCAACUCAAUCAUCAGCAUUCUUUCCAAUGUGCUUGGAUGUAUUUCUUUGCCUUCUAUGAUCCGAAAAAUAUUUGCAGAUUUAACAAGACCCCUGGCAUUAUUUUAUGAAAAUUCAAAGCUUGAUGAAGUUCCUAAAGUGUAUAGUUGUAUGAACAACAAGUUAGAAAAGCUACUAGGAGAAAUUAUUGCUUGUCUACACUUCAGCUACACUGGAACUUAUGACAGUGAACUUCUGGAACAGAUCUCCCCAUUAUUAUGCAUAAUAUUUUCGCACAAGAAUAAACAGAUUCGGAAACAGAGCAGUCAGUUCUGGAAUGCCACAUUUGCUAAAGUGACGAUGUUGAUUUAUCCUGAAGAGUUAAAACCAGUACUAAGAAAAGCCAAACAAAAAUUUCUUCUUCUGUUGCCUGGUUUGGAAAAUGUUGAGAUUGUAGAGGAGUCCAGCGGACCAUACUCGGAUGCCCAGACAGAAAAUACACAAUUAAAUAUGAAGAUUAGUGGGAUGGAAAGAAAAUCAAGUGGGAAAAGAGACUCUUUAUUGGCACAAGCAAAGGAUGCAAAAGAAAGUAUGAAAUCACCAGCCAAACUGAAACUAGAAUCUUCAUCUUCCAAAACAAAAAGUGAAAUGCUUUUGGAAGAAGAAAAGUCUGCUGACUUCGUGUUUAUACCCCCAGAAGGAAAAGAAGCAAAGGAAAGAAUACUAACUGAACAUCAGAAAGAAGUACUCAAAACAAAGAGGUGUGAUAUUCCUGCCAUGUAUAAUAAUCUGGAUGUUUCACAAGAUACUUUAUUUUCUCAGUAUAGUCAGGAAGAAUCUAUGGAAAUUCCUACUUUAACUAAAAAAUCAAAGGAAGAUUCUGAGGUGAUACUUCAGGAGGAGGAGCAAAUGCAGAGUGAUGUUGUCAUUCAUCAAGAUGUCACAGAAAACUGUGGUACAGAUGAACAAGUUGAAAAGACUUCCCUUUCAAAUAAUGAGUGUGGUUCUGUUGAGGAAACCAGUCCAGAAGUACUGAGCAGUAAUGAUGCCAGAAAAAAAGCAAUAAUUUCCUCAAAGAAAACAACUGAACGUGCAUGUAGUUUAGAAAACACUGUUGUUGUCAGCAGUAGCUCAGUUUCUAAUACCAUCAUCUCUGGAACUCCCUCACAGCCUACAAGUCGAAGGCAGACCUUUAUUACUUUGGAGAAGUUUGAUGGUUCAGAAAAUAGACCUUUUAGUCCCUCCCCCUUGAAUAAUAUGUCAACUGCUACAGUGAGAAAUAAUCAGGAAGUAGUGAGUAAAACCAAUGUUCCACCAAAAGCAAAGAAGAGAGAAGUGGCUCUUCCAAAAUCAGGCUCUGAAAAAGGAGUAGUACAUGGAAUUAAGAGAUCAGGCCGAAGGUCAAAUAAAACUGAGCAAACAGGGAAUAAAAGGUCUAAGCCCUUAAUCAGAUCUGAUCAGGAAAAAAAUACUCAGGAAUCUAUUGAUGGCAUUGUAGCCUUAGAAAGCAACCCACCCAGUUUGCUUAAUGAGACAGAAUGUGUGUUAGAUAGUCAGGAUCAUCUCUCUGAAUGCACAGUGGAAAAUGAGAAUACAGUGCUUCAGCCACCAAUAGAAAAUACUCUAACUAACAAUACUGUAGAAGAGAAAACCAUAGGAAUUAAUUUGGAAUCCAAAGAAAAUACACCCCCAGCCAUAAUACCUGCAGAUCAAGUGGUUAAUGAGGAUUGUCAUAUUCAGAUAACUCCCAAUCAGAAAACACUUCGACGAUCUUUAAGGCGACGUUCAGAAACUGCAGAACCUUCUGCUGAUAACCAAGAUAAAGAAAAUAAUCAGCAAAAAAAGGAAAGACGCAAGGAAGAAGAAAAGACUCUUCAGAAGAGUCCAUUGCAUGUAAAAGAUGAUGUGUUACCUAGCCAGAAACCGAUUUUUGAACAAACUGUAGAGAACAAUUUAAUUGAGAAAGGAAAUGAUGUACAUGAAAAGUCUUCCGGGGAAACCAGUGCUAAUUCUGAAAUUGAUGAAAAUAUAAGAAAGCCAGACCUUGAGAAUACUAAAUCUGAGGGCAGUGGUGCCCAGGACAUUGCAGAUAAGUCUUCUGAUAAACCAGUAAGGGGACGGACACGGUAUCAAACAAGAAGAGCAUCCCAGGGUUUACUUUCUAGCAUUGAAAACUCAGAAUCUGAUAGUUCUGAGGCAAAAGAAGAAGGUUGUAGAAAGAAGAGAUCUGGGAAAUGGAAAAACAAAAGUAGUGACAGUAUUGAUACCAAAGAGCAAGAAGAGAAAACACUGAAACAGGAAUGUGUAAAAGUUGAAAGCCAGACAGGUGAUUGUAAAGCAAAUUCUGAAGUAGACACAGAUGUAAGAUUUCAGGGUCUUGAAGCAAAAGAUGAGAGUAAUACUGGAUCACUUCAGGAUUCUAUAGUAUCUUCAGAUUCCUUGCAAGUUUCUGGUAAUGUGUCAAAUACUUACGAGGGAAAAAGUAAAACUAACAAAAGUGCAGAACAUUCCUUUUCAAGUCCACCCACACCAGAAUCAAAUCUAAGGACUAGAAAUGCCUCUAAGAGAUUACAUAAGCGAGAUUCUAUAGAAAGUAACAGUAUGGGAGAAUCCUCAAAAAUAGGAACAUCAGACAUAUCUUUGCUUUCUGAAAAAACUCACCAAACACUUGAAUGCCAACACAAGAGAAGUAAGAGGGUGAGGAGAUCUAAAGGUUGUGAUUGCUGUGGAGAAAAAUCACGUCAGGAAAAGUCACUCAUUGCAUUAAGGAACACAGAAAACGAUGAUGUAAAGGUGAGUGAAACAAAAAAGACAGAUUUGCACACACCUAGAACUAUGUCAGAAACUUCUAAAGCUCAUCAGUAUUCUGAGGUAAGAGUUUUAGAUGAACUUCAUGGUGUGAACUUUAAUUUGGGCCUCAGAGAGGAGAAUGAUACUAUAAAUGAUUCAUUCAUUAUAUCUGAAACUGAGUUCAAAGAAAAUACUCUUCAAGAAUCUUUCCCUUCUGAAAUACAAGAUUUUAAAGAUGAAGUUUGUGAUGUGAAUUCUAAGGAAACAGUAUCACUUGAAAGCCAUGAAGUAUCCAAUAAAAAUUGCAAAAUUGUUGGCCCAUGUUUAGGUGAUUCCAAAGAUACUCCACUGGAAUGUCCUAUUUUGGAGACAAAAGAAGUAAAACCAGAAGCUAUCCUGAAAAAGGAACUAAGUAACAUAGAGACAAUUGUUGAUGAUGAAGCAAAUGCAUGUAAAGUAAAAGUCAAUCUGGAAGAAGUGGAAGCUAUGGAAUUCAGUGUAGAAAGUGAUAAAUCUGAAGCUAGUUUCUCUGAACAAAAGAGUACCAAAACUGGUACUCCUGAAGAAGAGGUAACAGAGGGAAACGCUGAAAAAAGUGAUGAAUCUGAAGUGGAUGCAGUUGAAGAACUGAAUGCUGAAGAGGCAGCAGAUGAAAGAUCUAAUUCAGGUAUUGGUUAUUCUAAUAGUACCACACCUAUAAAAGUGAGUGCUCAGACAGAGGUUCCUGAACACAUGGCCACUGGCGGCCUAGAUGGAAGUGGUGAAUCUGAUCCAGGUUCAUCUGAAGAAAUGAAUGCUGAAAUGCGCAGUUAUGAAGGAUCAGUGAUAGAUGAGGUGAAUGCUGAAGCCAACCAUGUCAGUGCAACUGAGGAUGGGAGCUUGACCAAAGCCUGUGAGCCUGUAGAAGCCCAAACAAAGAGAUUGAAUGUAGAAAUCAGCAGCUUUGUUCCUGACGUGCUUGAGAUGAGCACGGAAGAAGGUAAAGUUGAUGUUAGUAAAAUUGAAACAAAUAGUGAACUUAAUAAAUUUGAAGGAACAAAAUUAGAUGACAGUCAUAUGGUAGUGGGAAAUGAUGAAGUUUUACAGGAAGUUCACCAUACUUCAGAGAAAGUGGAGGAAACGUCACAGUGUCCGACAUCUGGAACAGCUAUCUCUGAACUGAUAGCAGAUGACAGUAACGGAUCUCCUCAAAAAUUAAGGGAACUUGACCCUUUACUUAUGUCAACAAAUGAGAGUCCUAGUAGCAUGCAGACACGUUGUGUCUGGUCUCCUUUGGCGUCUCCAUCCACCAGCAUUCUAAAGAGAGGACUAAAAAGACCCCAGGAAGAUGAGAUACCAUCACCUGUUAACAAGGUUCGCCGUGUCUCCUUUGCAGAUCCAAUAUACCAAGCCGGCUUGGCAGAUGACAUCGAUAGGCGGUGCUCUGUUGUUAGGUCCCAUUCUUCAAGUAUUUCUCCUAUAGUAAAAAGUGUUAAAACUUCACCUACUGCACAAUCUAAGCAUAAUACCACUUCAACCAAAGGAUUUCUGUCCCCAGGAUCACGUAGCCCUAAAUUUAAGACUUCAAAGAAGUGUUUAAUUACAGAAAUGGCUAAAGAAUCCAUGCCAUGCCCAACAGAAAGUGUUUACCCAGCUUUGGUGAACUGUGUGGCACCAGUUGACAUCAUUUUACCUCAGAUUACAUCAAACAUGUGGGCAAGAGGACUGGGACAACUCAUUAGAGCCAAGAAUAUAAAAACAAUUGGUGAUUUGAGUACUCUUACAGCCUCUGAAAUAAAAACACUUCCCAUCCGUUCUCCAAAAGUAUCCAAUGUAAAAAGGGCUCUCAGAAUAUAUCAUGAGCAGCAGGUAAAGUCUCGUGGACUAGAAGAGAUUCCAGUUUUUGAUAUUUCAGAAAAAACAGUAAAUGGAAUAGAAAAUAAAUCUUUCCCUUCUGAUGAUGAAAGACUUGCGUCAGAUUUAAUUGAUCCUGUUGCUUUAGAAACUCCGUUAUCUAAAAAUCUUGUGGCACAGAUUAGUGCACUUGCUCUACAGCUGGAUUCAGAAGAUCUCCAUACCUAUUCAGGAAGCCAGCUAUUUGAAAUGCAUGAGAAACUUGGGAGCAUGGCAAACUCUAUAAUAAAAAAUCUGCAGUCACGUUGGAGGUCACCAGCCCAGGAAAAUCUGGUUUAGUAUUUCAAAAGAAAAUUCAAGUGUUUUUUUUUUCUACAUCACUGGAUUUGUUGGUUAUAAAGUAAGUUUUGAAAUAUAGCACAAUUUCAGACUGAAUGCUUGCAAAAUUGAUAACAUUUCACACCCUGAAAAGCAGUGGACUUAUUAUGUAAGUUCAGUUUUAUAAGUUCAUUAUGUAAGAUUAUUUUUGUGUAUGCAGUACAUUUUCUUGGCCACUAUGCAUAGUUUUUCCAGAAAUUCACAUGAAAAUUUUUUAUUUCAGUAUUUUGCUGAACUGAUAAAGGUGUUUAUACUUGAUUUUUAUCCAUUUAAUUUAUGUUUAUUGUGCUUGAGGCUUAAACUUGUUCUUGGUAAAACACCUCAGGUGAGAUGCAGAAAGAACUGGAAUAUUUUUUUGAAAUUGUCAACUUUGGACAGCUUUCAAGAAAAAUACAAUAAGUUUCAACUUCUGGGGCUAAAAUAUUAAAGAAUUUACUAAGAUUUCAUUCGUUUGCGUUAGCAAAUACUUGUGCAGCAGCAUUUACCUGUGAAAAUUCACUCUUACGGGACAUAGUAUUCAUUUAAAAGUGCACGACUAUUUGUACAUUAUGUAUAGAUUAUAUUGUUUUUAAUUUAUGAAUUUCAGCCUUGGUUAAUUGAAUGAAUUUCUCUGCAGCUUCUUGUGAAUACCUUUGUUUUGUUUAAUAGAUAAACACAUUUUGUAUAUAUUAAGUACUGAGGUAUCAGUAUGGACAGAAGUGCUUUGUGGGCUUGAUGCAGAUGUUUGUAGGAUUCUGAAUCUACAAAUAAACCAACAAAUAGUUUUGUACUUAGUUACUAGUCUUAGUUAAAACAUGAGUUUAUUUUCUAAAGUAACCAGAAUGGGUUAAGUUGUAGAGAUAAAAAAGUGUUAACAUAACAACUUGGCUGUUCAUACCCAUACCUUUUUUCUCCUUUUGGUUUGGAAGAGGGUGUCAGCCGCUAGGAAGCUUGCCUCGUUGACAUUUCUUUUUAAUGAGGAGUUGAAGUAUUUUCGUUAUAACUUGGACUUAAGAAAUGUAGAGUUUUUCUCUUCUAUUCACCUACACCUAAAGCAAACUUGGGAGAAAUUUGCAACUGUUCUUUUGAAAAAUGUUGUUUUGCCUAGGUUAAAAAAAUAGGGUGUAUAUAAUUAAAACAUUUAUAAAUACCACAACUAGUAUUAGUGCCUAACUUCCCAUAUGUUUCGUCUUUCUACUGCGAGAAUAUCUCAUUCGUUCUGUGAGUAGAAUGAGAGUGAUCUCAGUUUCACACUUUAUUCGGAACUAACCCUUUACUUGAAAAGGCACGCAUUUUUCCACAAGCUGUAGAAAGUUUAACCUUUGUGUCUAGUCAGCUCCUGUUACAUUCAGAAGGUAACUGCAAGCCAGCCACAAUAAAAAUUGGUGUCUUUUUAAUAAUCGUAAAUGCAUCAUUACUACAAAUAUAUUGGAGUUAUGUUUGGUAUUUGUAUACUGAGGUGGGUUUUAAAUUCUGGGACCAUUGAACUAAGGAUUGUACCUUGAAGAAAUAACUAAUGAAAAAUAGUUUUUUUAGAAAACAAUUACUAUUGUGGUUUACACUGUCAUUAAUUUCCCAAAUUUCAUUUGACAGAGACUCAAGUUUUUUAGUGAACAGUUGUUAGAAGGUGUGUGCAUGCGUUUGGAGGAGUCAAAAUUGGCCCAUUUCAUGACUACAUAUCUUUAAUGUUUGUGUGAACUAAACUUAUUGCUGGUGGAAUGAAUGAAGUUCUUGGGAAGUUGAACAGUAUAGCAGAGAAUGUGACCAAACCAAAAUGAUUCCAUUUAUUUAAAUGACUGGAUUUGAUAUAUAAGCACAGGUAUUAGAUCAAAAACAUAGUGAUUCAACAAGGAUGUAUUUUAAAAUAGUUGAAGGCUAAAACAGUUUGCUCUGUCUUCACUGUUGAUAUACACAUAUACUUGAGGCACCUUAUUUUCAUUAUUCUUAAAGAUUUUCUGCAGAAUAGCAAGAAGCAUUAAUGUUUCUUGAUGAGCUAUCUCCAUUGUGUUUCACUAUUACAGUGAAGUCAGUUUUUUCAAAUAGUUUCUAAUGGUUAAUAAAGCAAAUGAUAAAUAUUAAUAAGAGCACUCAGAUGUGAUUGAUUUUAUGCAUUUAACGUAGUAUAAUUUUUCAUGUUCCAAAUGGAUUUCAUAGUGGACUUAAAUUUUCACUGUUUCAGUGAGUCCAUUACAGAUGCUCUAAUACUUGAACAAGUUGGAAGCACUGUUAAACGAUGUGGAGCUUUUGCUCUAAUUUUAUACAGUAUAGAAUGAGUCAGGUUCAGUAAUAAUGCUGUUGGACAAUACAGUCAGAAGUAAGAUUUAAAUCUGAACAUUAAAAGCAUGGUAGUUCUUGACAGUGCCCAUGGAUUCUGUUUUUCUGUACAGCUUGUAAGUAAAGGAUUUUCUUACAUGUUUAAGAGUCAUAAAAAUGUCAGGGAAUUUGUAUUGUAUCUCACCUAAAACAACUGGCAGGUCAAGAAGCAAAAUUGGGAGAAAAUGGGAGAGGUAUAUAUAAAAUACACAAGUAGAAUAUCUUUAUAAAAAAUAUUUUAAGUGCUGCUUUAAAAGCUUAGUUGGAAUUUAUUUUAAACAGAAAAUAGGAGCUAAAAAGGAUCACUAUCAUUUCUUGCUUAAUUGCCAUUCCUUCCAAUUUUGACAUUACAAUCCAGAAAGAAAGGCCUAGUUUCCAUCUCAUUUUUCAUAAUGAUUUUCAGGGACAUACUUUGUCAGCAGGUCAGAAGAACAUAAACUAGCUGUUGUUGACAUUAUUAGGCUAAGACUUCAGUAGAGGAAAGGAGCUGUUUACUUGUUAGCACAACCCAUAUCCAUUUUAUUACUAAGCCAUUAAAAAGGUCAUAAACUUUGUACACGAACAUUAGAGUGAAGUUUUGGCUUUUAACACAGCACUCAAAACUUGCACGUAUGUGUAAAAUACAGAUGGCAAUUCAGCAAGUCUGCUGUCCCCGCAGUUGAUGUUUAAAAAACUCCCAUGUUAUCUAUACAAACGCUGAUAUCUGUGGGCUGCACUUUUAGGAAGGCCUAAAGCUGUGAAUUAGGUUUUGACAACCCACACAGAUGUGUAUUAAGUCCUUAAAAUUGUCACAAAAGAUAAAAGUUAUGUAAUGACUUAAAAAAUUGGUGAAUCAGAGGUGCAGGCUGGUCUUGAAGGCUUCAAAUUAAAGUUCAGAAUUUCCAUGAAAGAGUUUUGUCUCAUGUAAAUACAGAAGAUUGAUGUUUUUAAACAGACAGUUAAGCAUUUCAUGCCAUCCACAACCUUAUUAAACAAUGUCUUUUUCUCAUGAGUAUGUAUAAUAGCCAUUCUGAUUUUUUUGUUAAAAGUGAAUUUUCAAAUAUUACAGAUAUAUUUUGUCUAAAUGAAUCUUCUCAGUUAUGGGACUUCAUUAUUUUACUAAUGAAUAUUGAAAACUAUCCCUAAGUAAGAACAAUUUGUCAGUAAAGUUAGUGCCAUAAGGAGUCAUAUAUCUGACAGAUGUGACUUGUUUUACUGAAGACAGGUGACUUUGCUGUUACAUGGUUGAAAAUUCCUAUUUCAUUGUAAAAUGGAACUUAAGUGUUGAGUAAUUUGAUUCUCUAAAAAUGAGUUUUUCUUGGCAUUUUGUUAAGACAAUUUUCCACACAUAUUUUAAGUAAUCUUUUUUUGGAUGAGAACUGAGGACACUCAUCCAAAGCACUUAGAAAAGGUAGAUAAAGUUAAGUAAUGGGUUUCUAAAAAGGACUAACAAAACUUACUGAUUGCUUGAUCUGUGAAACAUCUGGGUUUCAUGGUUUCUGAUGGCCCAACUAAAUAUGUCUAUUAUGUGCUAGGCUUUGUAUAUUGUGUUUUGAUAGUAUCCAUUAAAAAUGGAGUCAUUUGAAUUUGAAAGUCUGUAGAUGACUAACAGUAAUAAUAGUCUAGCAGAAGUAAGAGUGUUUACUCAGUUCUUAAAAUGAGUGUUAGAUUUUACAGUGUGGUCUUAAACUGUUUUUUCCUUUUUAUUCCAAGCCUUUCACCGAAGAACAACUAAAACUAAGCAGAAGUGUCAAGCUGUAAAUGCUUACGCCCCUGAAAUACACCAUGAGAAUAAAAAAUAAGCUCCCCUUUAUCUGAGAGUAUAAAAUUGAAGGCAGUAUGUUAAUGUGACACUGGAAGAAAACAUAGCUUUUUAGAAGAGGGGAAAACACAUAGCUUUUUAGAAGAGGGAUAGACAGGCUUAUGUAAUUUGAAAAAGCUGGCAGCCAGUGGUCCCUGAGAAUUAUUUCAGUAUGUAGCACAGUUCCAUAAUCGAUGUUCAUGAAUGCCUUGAGUAGUUAUUAAAAGGUAAACAUUUAAUACUCUGCGCCCUUAAAAAGUGGUAAACAAAACAGUGUUAUUUCUUAAAUGUAUGAACUGCCUAAAGCUAGGAAGUUCAUUUCCAAAUGUCAAGGAACUGGAAGUGAAAUAUAGUGCAGUAGCUAUUUUGAUACUUAUUGAAUAACAAGUUUCUAAAAUUUUUAUUUUUGUAGAAUUGAGUUUUCUAAGAAAAAAUGAAUUGAAAACAGUCAGUUUCGAGUAUAAAAACUAAGGUGUCCAUCUUUACCUAGUAAGUUUUUAUGGAGUGGGAUUGACGAACUGCAUGCAGCCUACCACCUGUUUUUCAUACGUCUAUUAGCUAAAAGUGGUUUUUACAUUUUAUUAAAUGAUUGAGAAAAUCAAAAUAUAUUUUCUGGCACAUGAAUAUGAAAUUAAGAUUUCAGUGUCUAUAAAUUAGGUUUUGGGACACAGCCAUGCUUAUGUACGUAGCAUCUUCACCUGCUUUAUGACUUCAGAGUGACAGAUUGUAUGUCCUAUAACAACAUAUUUACUAUCCCUUUAUGUAAAGUUUGCUUAUCUGUUAUAAAAGAUAGUUUUUGUUCAUAUAAGGCAUGUAAUCAAUUUGGUUAUUUGCUCCUAGCUCACAGAGUGAGGAUUCCUUACUGAUACUGCUGUUACUUAGAUUGUACUUUGUAAGGUGAGUUCCCCUGAUUGUGUUAUUUUUCUCAAAUACACAUACACUAGGAGAUACUAGUACUUUUUUAGGUACACUUUUUUCCUCCUACUUAAAGUAUAGUUGUGUACUUGCCAUGGAUAUUAAGAGAUCUUGAUGUAUGAGGGAAAGGCAUCUGGCACUAAUUGGGUAGCUCACACCUGUGAAAUAAAUUGGGGCUUUGGGGAGUUUUCUUUCGGUGUUGGUGAGUAAAUGGGUUGCUUUCAACCUAAAUGCUACCUCCUGUGGAUAGACUUGACUAAUAUGCACUUAGAAAAUGAGAAGCCAAAUCAGCUGUGUAAUAGCCCUGUAAUAUUUUUGUUCCCAUCACUUGAUAAACUCUGAGAGCUUAGUUUUACAUUCAGAAAGUAUUUAUAUUUGAUAAGUCAGAUGAUUGAAGUUGAAACGUUGAAACUGCACAGAAGUACCUGUUUACUCCUCAGCUAACAUUAGCAGGGAAAAUAGGGUGCAGGCAGAUGUUUUUGUAUGAUGCUUUAUGCAGUGUAGGAAGCAGGUAGACCUAUACUCAGUGUAUUUUCAGGUUCAUUAAUACUGGUGGAGGGAGGGGGAGAGUGAGCCACAGUAAAACCUUUCAUGAUCUAUUGAGAGUUGACUGUUAACACUUGCCAAUUGAAACUGGAUAUUAAACAUUUUUAAGGAAAUGCACUUUAAUCUGAAAUAAAACUAUAAAAACAACCAUUCUAA